UCAAUGCAGACAAUAACCAAGAGCAGCAUUAUCUCCUAGGCACCAAAGCUCUGUUGGCAGGUGGAAAUCAGGGAAACCCGUCAACAUGGUGAGCUUAUUCGCUUCGCUUGCAGCUGGGGGGCGGACACCUCCGCUUUCAAUGAUCCAAGUGCUCAGCUGCCAUCUUUCAUGCAUGGAAUCGUUCCACAGCGAUGCUUCUAGAGGGAGCCACGUAGCUGCGCCCUAACCCACUCGACCACACUCCGAUUCAUCAGGCGUACCUCUUGCAGGUGUGUGCCAUGAAGAAAAGAGAGAAUCCAUGGAUGACGCCCAUUUUCCAGAAUUCUACGAAGCUACAUUCUUAUCUGGGUACAUUGACCGGUUAAGCUUAUGGGAAGUCCCAGUCAUUCCCUAACAAUGGGAUGGGAAAUGCUCCUUACUCUCCGUGUUGUUGAGCCUACCCAGGUAAACUCUCCGGAUGACGAUGACGAUGCUGAAGGAGAGGUGAAAUUAUACCGUGGUUGGAACCCGCUAUCUCGUGAUUCCCCAUGUAGGAAGGGCUUCACAAAUUCUCGGGGCAUCAACCAACUGUUCAUUGACAAUUGGCUGUCAUUGUUCGAGAUGACCUCGAUUGUUCGGGAGAAUCCGUCAACCGAUGAGGGCAUCCGAGGGACUCCCGCGGUACACCAGUGGAAGGCAAGAGAAAGCAAAUCCACACUUGAUCGAGGGAGCUGACGUCCAUACCGACAGAAAUUUGCCGAGGACCAUUGACAACAUCAGG